AUGUGCCGCCGGCGCGGAGGAGGAGGAGGAGGAGGAGGCGGCGGCGGCGAGUGCAGCGGCGGGACGCUGCCGGCGGCCGCCCUGUCUGCCCGGCGCCGGGGCAUCCCCACCACGCUGCUGCUGCUGGGCGCCUACCUGUGCUACCUGCUGCUGGGCAGCGCGGCGUUCUGGGCCCUGGAGGGGCCGGUGGAGCGCGAGGCGGCGCGGCGGCUGCGGCGCCAGCAGUGGGAGCUGCUGGAGAACCACACGUGCCUCGACGGGGAGGCCCUCGAGCGCCUGGCCCAGUGUAUCAUCGAUGCCUACAAGAAUGGACUCAUCCUUAAAGGAAAUACAAGCCUUGGGAGAUGGGAUUUCGUUGGCUCCUUCUUCUUCUCUGUUUCUGCGGUAACUACCAUCGGCUAUGGAAACUUGAGCCCCAGCACAGUGGUUGCACAAGUUUUCUGCAUCUUCUUUGCCCUCUUUGGGAUCCCCUUGAACCUUGUGCUCCUGAACAGAAUAGGACAGCUGAUGCUCUCUGGUGUUCAGCAAUGCGCCUGCCACCUAGGUGAGAAGUUUCAUUGGCAGAAAGGGGCCGCUGUGUUGACACGGACUUGUGCACUGGUUGCUGGGCUUUUACUGUUCCUUCUGCUGCCUCCACUGUUAUUCACUGCCAUAGAAGGCUGGACCUAUGAAGAAGGAUUCUACUAUUCUUUCAUUACGCUCUCCACAAUAGGCUUUGGAGAUUACGUAAUCGGCAUGAACCCUGAUCGCACUUACCCUGCCUGGUACAAGAAUGUGGUAUCGCUGUGGAUUCUGUUUGGGAUGGCCUGGCUCGCCCUGAUCAUCAACCUUUGCAUCAGCUUAGUAGAGAAUUCCAGCGACCUCUGCCGGUGCUGCAAGAGGAAGAGCCGAGAGGUAGAGCAGGAGCUAAUAGAUGGCAACCAGAACGUCAGUUUGGGGCCUGAGGAUGAGCACAGCCUCAGCGUGAAGGCCUCCAAGCCAGUGGGGCCAGACUGA